AGGACGGCCAAACGGGCGAUCCAAAACGAGAUUCAAGUCAGGGCGAAGCCGCUUGAAGCUAAAACUAGAUAUUCGACAAGUAAAUGUAUCUUUGAGAUACAACGAUAUGAAAAUUAAUAAAUAAUAAUUCAAGCGCAACGUAUCUCGCUCGGCUCUCUCCCUGUUGGCUGUUUUUGCACAAAAAAAAAAGAACAGUAGCAGAAAUCCGAAAUAAUAAGCAAAAUAAUUCUCACAAAAAUCUUUGGUAUCUGUGUAUCGGAGAAAAAAAAAAAAAGAGGCCGCCGCAACGCUGCCAUGCGGUUGUUGGCUGUCGGCUGUCGACGCUCUGCUCUGCUCUCGCCUCUCGGCCGCCAGUGGGCGAAAGACGCAAACUGGUGCGACCUUGCAAUGCCCUUGAAUGACACUCUUAUUGCGACCAAGUCGCCAAUGUUGCCACUACAACGGGCGCUGCUGCCACGGCUGCCACUCAGCGCUGGCACAAAAUCAUAAUAAAAAAUAAAAAUAUAAAUUAAAAUUACAAACAAAAAACAAAAACGGAUUCCAAAACAAAACAAAAAAAAUAUUAAAUAUAACCGUGAAAAUUUCUAAAAAUUUAACCGCUAUUCGUGUGGUGCAGCCCGAGUGAAGUUUUGUUGUAGUAGGAGGUAGGCGCCAUUCUUUGAGAACCCUCAAAUCUAAACACAAGCCGCAUCCUUAUCAAACCAAAGCCUUAACCCAAAUCAAAAAACCUUUGAAUGGAACGUGAGUGAACACAAUAAAUUUAAUUAAAUUAAAAUAAAUUAAAUUUCGCCAAAAAUAUAAAAAAGCUUAACACAGAAAUAAAUGAAAUAAAACAUAUCUCAAGGAAAUACCAAAAUUCCAUUCAAGGAAAGUGUUAUCUAAGCAACUAGCGCCCUCUGGUGGCCCCAAAACGCAAAAGUGAAGGUUUAUAUAUGUACACAUGUAUGUGUGUGUUUGUGUGUGAAAGUGAGUAAAAGUGAAAGUUCACGACUGACACAAUCCUGUGGUAACCUUUCUGCCCCACAUAUUGGGUCACUUUCUUGGACGACUACAUAACGGCAACAAGGCACGCAAUACCUAAAAGGCAAGAGGCGCCACAUACACACAUUAUAUAGUAUGCUAUAUAGAGAGAAUCGGUAUAUGUAGGCGAUAUUUAUGCGACAACUUUUGACAACCAAUUCUUUUUAUUGCCAACGCCUCUGCGAGUGCCAGAUGAACAUUGGCAUAGGCCAAAAAGGGAACGCCUUGGAAUAAUAUUAAAACUACAGAUAUUCCGGAGAUCCGCUUGCAAUAUACCACACUCUGUUUGUGUCUGUGUGUGUGGCGGAGACGUGACGUGACGUAAAUGAACGAUCCCGGCGAUAUACCAUUGACACACAGUAGCACGCCGGACAGCAGGCCGCCCUGCAGCAUUAUCUCAAUCAUACCAACCAUAGGGAUGUCCUCAUGCCGCGGCCGGGCCGAGGCAUUCGCACGGAGUCUGUCCUCCAAGCUGCGCACCUUGGGAACACAGGCGAACGAGGAGGGUGUGGAAAAUGCCGAGGAUGAGCCCAUCAUCAAUGGCACCAACACCAAUACCUGGGUGAAUGCCCACGACUCUGAACAGACUGUAACCGAUCUGCAGCCGCUGCGCCACGAGUCCGAUUCAUUUUUCGACUUUGACUGUGAACUGGAGUCGCCGGGCAGUCCGGUGGAUGAGUGCGAGUACCUGCGUCUGAUUGAAACCGCCUCGAAUACGCCACACAACUCAACGGCCGAGUCGGGCUAUGCGUGUGCCUCGGCCGCCAGCAGUCACAGCAGCAGCACCGCCGAUGGACCCUACUUCGAUGCCACAUCAACAUCCGCAUCAGCCGUUGGCUCAGUGAUUCCGGAUCAGAUACUGGUCACGGUAAAUGCACAGGCACUGCACCCCCAGGCCACAGAGCUUGGCCAGCAUUCAGCCACUGAGUUGAAUGACUCUGUGAAUGCAUUGCCAAUGAAUGGGGGACACGAGCUGACAAACGGUCAGCAACAGGAGCAGCAGGAGCAGCAGCUGGCGGAGGAGCAGCAGCAGCUGGAGCAGGAGAAACAAAAGGACACAGCUGAACAGAAAACUCAACAGCAGAAGGAACUAGUUGUGGAUGUGUUGGAUCAGGAGGAUGAGGCGCUUCUACAGGCACAAAUACUCAGCGAACUGUUGCAACAGAGCGACAACUUCAAAGCCAGCGGCGGCGGCAUUGUGGUACAGGCUCCUCUGGAAGAGCCCUCCACUCUGACCAAUGGUCACGUGGACGCCGAGGAGCAGCUGGAACUGAAAGAUGAAGUCCUGGAUGGGGCCGACAGAACGUUGGAAGAGAGGAUCUACGAUGUACCGACACCCGACAGAACUUUGGAUGCCUCCGCAUCGCCGGAAAGGGAUGCGACUGCCGUUGUGGACACCUCCCCCGAUAGCGGUGUCGAUGAGGCAGACAAAUCGGUGGCAGCUGACCCCGCCACCGGCAGCAUCCUCACAGUGGAUGUGGAUCUGGUCCAGCUGGAGCAGGCCAAGCUGGAUGCCGCCGAGGCGGCGAAGAAGUCGAGCCACAGCCAUGCCAUAGACACCACAGACGAUGAGGACGAUUGCCGGCCGCAGCGGGUGAGACGCUGCUCCUCGCUGAAGACGGGCAAAACGCCACCGGGCACGCCCGGACGCAAGAAGAUUGUACGAUUCGCGGAUGUGCUGGGCCUGGAUCUGGCCGAUGUGAAGACCUUCCUGGAUGAGAUACCCACAAUACCCAAGUCGGCGUUCGAGGAUCUGGAGAUACUGGAGUCGGAGCCGCCGAUGCAGAUGGGGCCCAAGUCGGACAAGCUGCUGAUGCCGCUGUUCCAGCAGCCGGGCGGCCUGCCCACAUUCCUCGAUGCGGUCAGGGAGAAGCAGGUCUCGCUGGAGAAUGCCGCCGUCUCGGACAACAUCAACCAGACGAUAUCCGGUUCGGUGCGCGUGCGCAAUCUCGACUUUCACAAGUCCGUGCACAUUCGCUACUCGCUGGAUGGGUGGCGCAGCUAUGCGGACCUGCAGGCCAACUACGUGGAGAACUCCUGCGACGGCUUCUCGGAUAAGUUCACCUUUGUGCUGUUUGGCAAUUCGAUGCAUGUGGGCCAGCGGCUGGAGUUUGCCGUGCGCUUCCAGUGCAAGGGCCAGCAGUUCUGGGACAGCAACUACGGGGCCAACUACUGCUUCCAAUGUUUGCCAAGCUCGACGCAUGCCACCAGCGCAUCGCCGGCGUCCGUGGCGACUGGCGCCGUGAUCAGGCAUCAUAGUCACAGCACGAGCAUGGUCGGCCUGCUAAGCCCCACGGCGGGCGAUGCCUGGUGCAGCUCAUUCUACUAAGCGUUUUUAUUUGGCGCGGCUCGGCAGACAAUCCAGAGCUGUGGGCUCCCGUGGAGGCAGUAGUAUGCAACCUCAAACCUCGAACCACACUCUCCCCUCCCACCACCCACCAUAGGCGCUACGCCAAUGCCUGGAACAUACAUAUGUGUGCAUGUGCAGCCCCAUAUUCCAGGGCCUUGUUGUGGCGUGUGCCAGAUGAUAUAUACAAACCCAUAGAGACAACAGUUCAGAUGAUCGGCCUGUUAGAUCGGAGAUCGAACAAAUCCAGUCCAACCCCCCUGCAGGAACAGAAAUUGUUUAUAUUUUUAUAGAGCGGAAUGCAGUGUGCAGGAUGAGAGGAGCAGCCAAAGGAGCCAGAGAGUAGUGCGAACAACAAACAUAAAUAAAUAUGAAGAGGAGAGGAAGAGCCAGCAAAGUUCGAAUGAAUCCCAAAGAUAGUUGUUAGUCGUAUGUUAUAAGAAGAGCAAGUGAUAACAAACAAAAUAAUAUCUGAUCAGUUUCUUCAAUGUCUUCUUCUGUUUU